UUUUUCACUGCCUAAGAGCUAAUCUUUUUUGAGGAGAAGGGUUAUACUGUAGUGAGUGCUACAUACUGUGCUUCCACUCUCUGAAAGUGUAGUCCAUUCCCUAUUAAAAAUACACUUGUGGAGGAAACAUCCUAAGGUGAGGAACAGAGUAGAGGGGAAGAGAAAGUGCAGUCAGCAACAGUCAGAUUAUUUGGUUGGAGGAUAAGUGAAGAAGAGGAGUGCUGGCUAAUGCUGGAGGGAUAUAAUGAAACAGAAGGGUGAAGUGGAAGACAGCACAACUCUGAUCACCCUGUCAGAGCUCCCUGAACAUAACUACGGAAGCAUGGACAUGGAUGGAUCACCUCAGAAGGAUAGGAAUGUGUUUAGUGAUGGAGUCACCUGCGUUGAUUUUGUGCUGGUUUGGGAAGAGCCUAUGUCUCAAGAAAAGACUGAUGAACCAGAAGACAAAUCAUCCAGCACUACCAAUGUUAUCCACAGGAAGUGGAGGACGGAGUUCCUGUCCAGGCUGCAAACUGCUGGUCUGCAUCAGGAGAAGAAAGAGGUUGUGCAGGGCAAAACAAAGACAACGUACGUACUUUUGAGUGCCCCCUGGAACGUGCUAUGCUAUUAUGCAGAGGAGAUCAGCCUCCGGGUUCCAUUACAGGUUGAGACAUCUCAAGAAUCCAACUGGUCAGAAAAUCUCCUCAGAAAGGUACACAUCCCUGACAUCUUAGCUCAGCAUGUACCCAACCCUCCACCAGUCUACUACACCUGUCAGUUCCGUUCAAACAAGCUGGAGAGGUUUCUUGGUCAUGACAACAAGGACGCAUUCUUCAAGAUGACUCAGAGACAUCAAAUUCUGUAUGAGAUAUUAGCAAGGACACAGUUUGGAGCAUUAAAGAGGGGAGAAGUUGGGAUAGCCAGGCUGGUCAGUGAGAAUGUGUUCACUGCCACCUAUCCCUUACAUGAGGGGCAUUAUAAGAUGCCUAACAGUCCACUUAACACAGACUCUCUGAGCAUGAGACAGAUCUUGUAUGAGUAUUGGGCACGUUGGGGCUGCUGGAAAAAGUACCAGCCUCUGGACCAUAUUCGAGAAUAUUUUGGCGAGAAAGUUGCACUCUACUUUGCCUGGUUAGGAUUUUAUACAGGGUGGUUACUUCCUGCUGCAAUUGUAGGCUUCCUCGUGUCUUUGUUUGGAAUCUGGCUUAUGGUUACUGAUAUCCCAGCGCAUGAGAUCUGCAACAAUGGUGACAGUAUUGUCAUGUGUCCAAUCUGUAACAUCUGCAGCUACUGGAACCUUUCCAGCAUCUGCUACACUUAUAAAGCAGGAUUAUUAUUUGACAAUGGUGGAACAGUGUUCUUCAGUAUCUUCAUGUCCCUCUGGGCAGUUACCUUCCUGGAGUAUUGGAAGCGUAGCUGCUCUGUCCUAUCCCACAGGUGGGACUGCUCUGAGUUUGAGGAGACGGAGGAAAGGCCAAGGCCAGAGUUCACUGCCAUGGCACCAAUGACGGUCCGUAAUCCUAUAACAGGGGCUGAAGAGCCUCACUUCCCAGAGAUUAGCCGUUUUCGGCGCAUUGUGACUGGAAACAUGGUCAUCAUUCUGAUGCUUGCUGUAGUUUUGAUGUUCUUGAUAGCAAUUAUUCUCUACCGGACCAUCCUGAGCAUCAUCAUCUACAAUUCUAAGAAUGAAUUUUUCAUAUUCUCUGCUGGAAGGAUAGCAAGUCUCACCGGCUCAGUGCUAAAUCUGGUGGUGAUUAUGUUACUGUCUAAAGUCUACACGCGUCUCGCCAAAGUCCUGACCCAAUGGGAAAUGCACCGUACCCAGACCAAAUAUGAAGAUGCUUUUAUUCUCAAAGUGUUCAUUUUCCAGUUUGUGAACUUUUACUCUUCUCCUAUGUACAUUGCAUUUUUUAAGGGCAGGUUUGUAGGCUAUCCUGGAAACUAUAAUACACUUUUUGGAAUUCGAAGUGAAGAUUGUGGUGCUUCGGGAUGUCUUAUUGAACUUGCUCAAGAGCUGUUGGUCAUCAUGGUAGGCAAACAAGUCAUCAACAAUGUUCAAGAAUUUGUUCUCCCUAAGUUUAGGGUGUGGUGGCACAAGCGGAAACUUCACCCAGCUUAUAGUGAAAAGGGAGCCAAUGAGAAUGACAGUCUUGCACCCUGGGAAAUGGAUUAUAGACUGUUGUUGUGCGAGGGCCUUUUCGAUGAAUAUCUGGAAAUGGUCCUGCAGUUUGGUUUCAUUACAAUAUUUGUGGCGGCUUGUCCCUUGGCACCAUUCUUUGCCCUGGUGAAUAACUGGGUAGAGGUACGUCUAGAUGCACAGAAAUUUGUGUGUGAGUACCGCAGGCCUGUGGCUCAGCGGGCGCAGGACAUCGGAAUAUGGUUUACAAUCCUCGAGGUCAUCACCUAUCUGGCUGUGAUUAGCAAUGCUUUCCUGAUUGCAUUCACAUCUGAUUUCCUGCCACGUCUCUACUAUCGCUACACCACUGAGGGCACUCUGAAAGGCUAUGUCGAUUUCACGCUCUCUUUUGCACCCAAAAACUUCACAAACAGUGAUAUGCAGUGCAGAUAUCGGGGAUUCAGAGACGAAAGGGGACAUCACACUCCUGAGUACUAUAAUCUGCUGGCUAUUCGACUAGGUUUCGUCAUUAUAUUUGAGCAUGUGGUCUUCUUAAUUGGUCGUAUGAUUGACUGGAUGGUUCCUGAUGUUCCCGAGGAGGUGGAGAUAAAGAUUAAGAGAGAGCGCUACAUGGCUAAAGAAGCUCUGGCUGAGAAUCAGGCCUUAGAAGCAGCUGUAGAAAGCUCUGGAUUACGAAGCAGAGUUAAAUCAGAGAGAUCCACAGCCUCGCCUCGUGACACUGUCUCCCCUCUGCCACAUGUGACUGCUAAGGACACUUCGAAGGAUGUUUGACAUUUAUCCGGGACAUGGAUGUCAAGGCAAUCCAGUGGUUACAAUAUCUUAUAUAUUAUAUAAUAUAUUUUUACACAACUCAAUAUUCAGAGAAAUCACAUUGUAUUAUUAUCCAUCCAAUAAACUGAAUAAAUUUUUUUU